AUGGAGAAAGAGAACAGCACUGUGGUGACUGAAUUCAUCUUCCUUGGUCUCACUCAGUCACAUGAUGUUGAACUCCUGGUGUUCAUGUUAGUUUUAGUAUUUUAUUUAAUAAUUCUCCCUGGAAAUUUCUUUAUCAUCUUCACUAUCAGGUUAGACCCAGGUCUCUCCGCUCCCCUCUACUUAUUUCUGAGCAAUUUGGCCUUCAUGGAUGCAUCUUACUCCUUUAUUGUAUCUCCUAGAAUGCUGAUGGAUUUCCUCUCUGAGCAAAAGGUAAUCUCCUACAGAGGCUGUAUCACUCAGCUAUUUUUCUUGCAUUUCCUUGGAGGAGGAGAGAUGUUGCUUCUUGCUGUGAUGGCCUUUGACCGCUACAUUGCCAUCUGCAGGCCUUUACACUAUUCAAUUGUCAUGAACUCUAGAGUAUGCCACGCCUUACUAUUAUUACCAUGGCUUGGGGGAUUUAUUCAUUCCAUUGUGCAAGUGAUUCUCAUUCUCCGUUUGCCCUUCUGUGGUCCAAACCAAUUGGAUAACUUCUUCUGUGAUGUGCCUCAGGUCAUCAAGCUAGCCUGCACAGACACUUUUGUGGUGGAGCUCCUGAUGGUCUUCAAUAGUGGUCUCCUCACCCUUGUGUGCUUUCUGGGGCUUCUGACUUCUUAUGCAGUCAUCCUCUUCCGUGUACGUGGGUCUUCCUCUGAAGGGAAGAACAAGGCUCUCUCCACAUGCACUACUCAUAUCAUCAUUGUAUUUCUCAUGUUUGGCCCUGCCAUCUUCAUCUACACACGCCCUUUCAGAAGCUUCCCAGCUGACAAAGUAGUUGCUCUGUUCCACACAGUGAUCUUUCCUUUGAUGAACCCUGUGAUCUAUACCCUUCGCAAUCAGGAAGUGAAAGCUUCCAUGAAAAGAUUGUUAAAUAGACACAUGGUUUGCUGA